AUGGCAGAAUUUCAACGCCUUCGUCAAGGUCUAAUGUUUGUGGAUCAGUACGAAGCGAAGUUCGCAGAGUUGUCCCAAUAUGCCCCUAGACUGAUAGAAGAUCCAGUGGACAGAGCAAGGAGGUUUAAGGAUGGCCUCAAACCAGAGAUUAAGGACCUACUUGUGCCGUUUAAUCUAAAGGAUUACAAUGAUAUGUAUGAAAGGGCACAGCUGGUUGAGAGAAAUUUGAAUGAACAAGCCGUUGCAUUUGGGUCACGGUUUGGGUCUAACUGGAUGGCAAUCGGUUUGGGAAGAAGCCGAUGUCCGGUGGAAGAGGUAGGUUGCCAAGGCUAUUUGGCAAUUAUCAUGGAUACGAUAGUUGAGGAUUCAAAGUUGGAGGACAUUACUGUGGUACAAGAGUUUUUGGAAGUGUUUCCUCAAGAAUUACAUGAUCUACCCCUAGAAAGGGAGAUCGAGUUCAUAAUUGAGUUGGCCCCCGGACAAAGCCAAUCUCUAAGGCUCUUUACUGAGUUGAACAUGAGACAACGUCGUUGGUUGGAACUUCUCAAGGACUACGACUGCGACAUCAUGUAUCAUCCCGGAAAGGCUAACAAGGUCGCGGAUGCAUUGAGUCGGAAGUUAUCGGUUGCGCAAAUGGCGAUUAAGGAGUGGAUCCUACUCGAAGGAGCUCGAGAUUCGAUUUUCAAAUUUGAGGUAGACCACCUUUCAAGUCCUAUGGCCACCCUCAGAAUUAAACCAAAAGUGCAUAUAAGAAUCAAGACGUUGCAGUUGACAGAUCCUGAGAUCCAGAAGAUUCUAUAA